UUUUUGUUUUGCCCUCGUCUUCGUGUGAUGUGGAGCUGUUUUUCCUUCUGGUGCGAUUUGAGUGAGCCAACAGCUGCUGUGAUUUGAUCCGCAGCUUUUCCCGAAUUUCCCAGUGUUGACCGAAACGAAACCCCUCUUUCCACGAUGACUUCCGACUGGGACGAAAUCAAGCGGCUCGCGUCCGACUUCCAGAAGGCCCAGCUGACGACCAGCUUGCAGAGGUUGUCGGAACGGAAUUGCGUCGAGGUUGUGAGCCUGCUGAUUGAGAAGGGCCUGCUGGAGGUGAUUUACACGACCGAUGGCAAGGAGUAUUUGACGCAGGUCCAUUUGAAGCAGGAGGUGCGGGACGAAAUGUUCGUGCGGGGAGGCCGGGUUAAUCUGGUCGAUUUGUCCAAGGCGUUGAAUGUGGACUUUGAGAAGGUGCAGGUCGUGGCCGAGCAGAUUGUGGUGGAGGACCGGAGCGUGAAGUUCAUUUUGGGUCAGCUGAUUGAGCAGUUUUAUAUGGAGCGGGUGGCGUCGGAGAUUAACGAGAAGUUGGCUCAGGUUGGGGAGAUUAAUGUGGCCGAUUUGACGGUGCAGUAUGAUCUGCCGGCGGAUUUCAUUCUGAACAAUAUUAUUCUGAGGCAUUUGAACAAGACCAUUAUGGGCAAGCAGGAUUCGUCGAAUGCGAACAUCUUCUUUACGCAAUCGUACGUGGCACGGAGCAAGGCCAAGGUCCGAGGAGCCCUGGCGGCGAUUACGAAGCCUACGCCGGUGUCGGCCAUCUUGGCGCAGUGUGGAAUCCCCGACCGGUUGUUUAAUCUGCUUGUGAACGAAGUGGCUACGUUGGGAAGUGUCACGUCGAGGACUCCCGGGGCGUUGUACAUUCCGCACAUUUACACCAAGACCCAGGUCGAGUGGGUUCAGAACUUUUACCGCCAGAACGGCUACUUGGAGCACGAUUCCGUCGCCGGACUGGGCGUCACGGACGUGAAGAACUUCAUCGUAAACCAACUCCCGAACGAGAAAAUUGUCCACCUGAAAAAGUGCAGCGUUGGAGAGAAGCUCAUCGAGCAGGUGGCCUCCUCGCUGGAAGAGUGCAUCUCAACCAGUACGUACCUAGACGUUUCCACGGUUCUCCCCUCAAUCAUGAGCGACGAAGAUGUGGAUCAACUGCUCACGAUCGUCCUAACCGCUCCCAUGCAGAAGCAAGUUCUCAUCUUCAACAGCACAAUCCUCACCACCAAGUUCGUCGAAGACAUGAUCAAACCGUGCUACGAUAUCGCCGUUGAAAACGCGAAGAAAUCCGUCGACAGCGGAACCUACCAGCAGUAUAUGGCGGAGAAAAUGAUGAAGCACCAGGACGUGAUUCCGGACAAGGAAUCGGCGGAGAACAAGGCGGACAAACGUGACGAACGUCGCAAGAAGGCUGCGGGUGGAAAGGCCGGUGGAGGUGCGCAGGGUCGGGAAACGAAGACCAAGUCGACGAAGAAGCACGCCCGUGGACAUCGUGGAAACGUGUCCGAUUCGGAUGAGGAUUUCGGGCCUGCUGAGAAGAGUGCGGGUGGAAAGAAGGGUGCCAAGGAGGCGAGCAUUGAGUUGAUUACGGUGAAGGACAUUUCCAAGGUGCUGCACGGAGGGUUGGAAGAGGAGGGACUGGAGGAUUUGGCGAAGCAGCUGGCGCAGCAUUACUAUCCCCAAUUCAGCCGACUGGCCCUGGCCAAGGCCCACGAGCUGUACGAGAUUUCGCUGCACCAAAACAACCAGAACCGGCGCCAAACGCACGCCAACCUGCAGGACAAGCUCAACAACCUGUUCAACGACAUCCGCCUCUACGAGAAGGGUAUCAAACUGCUCCCCGCGGACGUGCAGCCCCAGCUGGUCAAGUAUCUGCUCAAAUCGCUCGGGACGGACUUUUGCAACGAAAUUUUCUUCUACGUCGCGGCCGAGUGCAAUCUGAACAGCAACGGCACCACGCUGACCGUCGAGCAGCGCAAUAAAAUCGCCGCGGACUGCGGCCAGGAGUAUCGGGGGGCGUUGCAGGCGCUGAACAAGGCGACCGCCAGCAGUGCCGCCGUUGAUGAUUUCUUGGUCGUAGCGGAAAACUCGCUCCAGGCGUGCAGCAUGAUACUGAAGAAGAUUGACAAGAAGAAGGAUAGGAACCUAAUUCUUUGCCACAAGCACGGUCUGCUCGAACAGCUGGCCAACUGUUCCGAUCCGGCGCUGGUGCUGCACCUGGCCGUCCUGAUUCUCUUCACCAUUUCCACUCAGAGUAUGCUGCACGCGUCCGGACGGCACGUGUCCGCGAUUCUCAGCUUCCUGCAGCCGGCACUGGCUCCGGAGCAGGCCCAAACGUUGACCACGUAUCACGAUCUUGUGCUGAAGCUGCUGAGCGUGGAGAAUGCAUCGGACGAUAGCAGGGCGGACGCCGACGAGGUUAAGCAGCAGCUCGAGAAGCUUACGCCGACCGUUAAGGAUAUUGCCGGGAAUUACAAGAAGGCUGGGCUGACUAGUGCGGAAUAGAUUGGAGGGAAAUUUUUCAGUGAUUUUGCAUGCUUGUUGGUGGGCAAGGGUUUGCCGGAUGCCUUGACUUAGGGAAAUAAACGAUUUUUUUCUUUGAUUGCGAUAAA